CCAUAGUGCGCAUGCGUGUAUUUGUGACGCGUCCACAAAGUGUCAAACAGAAGGAUGUGAAAAUGACCGAAAACUGUCCAGAUUUACGUCGCCUCUACGCUGUUCAGUUGUGGUGUUCGGCGGCAUUUCCUACUGGAACUGACUCGCUGCUCUAACUUUGAUGCGGUCGCGUAGGGAAAUCUGUUUGAACUCACUUUUGAACCAGUGAGCGUCGAGCUAACUUAGCGGCAGUUGAGCUAACCGGAGUCGGUGACGGAGCCGCUCGGUUACCGGCUUCUCUGACUUCUCAUUGAUAUGUGAGAGACGCGGGAGCGGCGGUGUUAGCGAGGCGUCUGCUGCUUUUAUGCGCCAACUCUCCGUUUCUUAGCACAUAGCGCGAUAUCCAGUUGUGUAGUCGGCAAAGCACUGUUAUCGAAGGGGGAGGAAGAUGGCCCGGAGACGGCUGGACAGUCGCAGCGGACUCUCCGCUGGGCUGCUGGGGGAAAUCCAGACCCCGGUGAGCACGGAGCCGAUGGACAGCGUGUACGAAACCACCGGAGAACUGGGCAGGGGCAAGUUUGCAGUUGUCAAGCGCUGUGUGGAGAAGGCCACGGGAAAGGUUUUUGCGGCAAAGUUUCUGCGGAAAAGGAGAAGAGGCCGGGACUGCCGGGCUGAUGUCAUUCACGAGAUGGCUGUCCUGGAGGUGGCCCGCAACAACGCCCGAGUGGUCAACCUGCAUGCUGCCUACGAGACGGAUCACGACAUCGUCUUGGUGCUGGAAUAUGCUGCAGGUGGAGAGAUAUUUGACCACUGUGCAUCUGACGAGCUGCUACCAGAGGCUCAGAUCACCCGUCUGAUCAGGCAAAUGCUAGAAGGAGUCCACUACCUCCACCAGAGCAAUCUGGUUCAUUUAGACCUUAAGCCGCAGAAUAUCCUCCUGACCAGCUUGUCUCCUCCAGGAGACAUCAAGAUUGUAGACUUUGGGCUGGCACGUAGACUGGGUGCAGUCGGAGAACUCAGAGAGAUUCUUGGAACACCUGAGUAUGUGGCUCCAGAGAUCCUGAAUUAUGAGCCAAUCACAACAGCCACAGAUCUAUGGAGUGUGGGCGUCAUAGCCUACAUGCUAGUAACAGGUGAGUCUCCAUUUGCCGGAGACGACAAACAAGAGACCUACCUGAACGUGUCUCAGGUCAACGUGGACUACAGCAGGGAGAACUUCUCCAGGGUGUCGGAGCUUGCUGUGGACUUCAUCCGGAAGCUGCUGGUCAAAGCUCCAGAGGACCGGCCCAGUGCUGCAGAGUGCAUGAGCCACCCCUGGCUGUGGCAGCAGCCACAGAUUUGCCUGACUCCCGACCUUGUCCCCACCCGCACCGGCCGCGAGAGGAGUUGUGGCACCAAGUGGACGGCCCCACCGGAGGACCCUGAAGACAAGGAGAACUUCCUUGAGUCCCCGCACUCACAAGCAAAGAAGUUCCGCUUUGAGGAGGAAGCGCCUGCUGCAGGAGACGGCGACGUUUGAAAAUGUUAAGUGCUAAAAAAGGGGGAAGAAUUUAAGUGUGAGGUUCUUCCUCUGAGAUUUUAACUUCUUUUAAGCCUCCACUAAAGCAAGCUGUCCACUCGCCGCCACUCAACAGUGCUUGAGUUUUUAUAAUAUAGAUUGAUCACUCAAACCAAAGAUUACAGUUAAGGUGUGUCACUGAUCCUUUGGUGAUAAACAGCGUGUAAAUGUUCAAAAAAGUUUCAUCUAAUGCAGCGUUUAACCUGAGGUAUUUAAUUUACUCUCCAAAUGUGUGUUGUGCUCUGUGUAGCUGUCGCUGUACCCGUGAAGGCUGGUGGCAGAUUUCCAGGGAAAUCUAUGCAAUAAUUCUCUAGUAUGUUUCAAAUUUAUCUCAAGGAACCAUAACUAGGUCAGCAGCGCUCUGCCUUAAGGAGGGAAGUGAAGGCUUGUCACCAGCUUUAGUCAAGUGCUUAGUUGUACUCAUACUUCAGCAGAACUGUGUAAUAUAAAGAUUGAUAGCUCAACAAUGAGGAACUGUGAUAAUGACAGUCACGAGGACAGUUGGACACUUUGCUUCUGUGCUCUGUGACUGGCCUUUGAGAUCACGUUUGUUGUUUUGAUUGGUCAAACUUGAAGCUGCUGUUCAUGGUAUAGCUGCUCUUACUACCUGCAGUGUGUGAAGUGUACUCCCAGUAUAAAACCAUCCAGCGAUCUGAGUCUGGGUUUCAUCACAAAGCUAUUUCCACUAUAGCAAACAUUCCUUUACUACAUGCGUGCUAUAGAUUUAGACUUUAGCUUUGUUUUUUAGAUUAGAAAAACUAAUUUUAUUAAGUUGUGUAGCCCCUCGUCACUGCACUUGGUGUCAUACUGAUUCCAAUUUAAAGUUGGACACUGUGUAACAGCUCAAAAGAUGAACGACUCAACUGGACGCUGCUGUUCAGACACCGCACCCACACUGAACUCUCCCAGUUCCUCUUUCUUGACAGACAGAAGAGAAACUUUAGCACUUAGUUCACAAGCACAACUAAUUAAUAAGCACAACUGGAUCUAUUUUAAAAAACCUCUCUUUGUCCUUGAGAGAGUUCACUGUGUCUCCCAGUCUCUCACCAAAGCCAUCCAGUCCACUUUCCAUUCUCAGCACACAAAGCUAUUGCAGUGCUCUUGAGCCAGGCUGCCUGAAGAGAGCGACUCCUGUGCUCAUCUCAGGGCGUGCUGCUCACUCUCUUCUUUGUUGUUGGUAUUCUCACAGGCUGAUUAUUAUUUAUGUGCCAUAAUUAUACUUUCUAUUUUAUGUAAGUAGUUUGCUCAUAUGUCUUAGGGGAAAAUUAAUGUGUCAGAGUUUUGAUUAAGGUGUUGUUUGACAGAACAAUGCUCUUGUGCUUGUAGUGUAAUGAGUAAUAAAAGGUAACCUUUGACUGCGUAAGUGGGGAAGAUGAAAGCAGAGAUUAAUGAGGUGGUACGAGAAGGUAAAGCCUAGUUGGGACCAGUUCAAGACAUGAAAUAGAUUGUAUGGGUUGGUUCGGCGUAUGAGACAUGAGUGUUUCUCAGUCCAGAUGUUUCUUUAAGUUGUGAUACUGAUUGUUAAGAUAUGUGGUUAUGAAGGUUUUUAGGUACUGAAAUGGUGGGAAAGCUGAUUUCAGAUUAAAGUUGACUCACAGGGUUUGCCUGCUUUUGUUCAUGGAGGGGGAGGGGUUUCUUCUCACCUGUCUCACACUGCUGGAAACCUUGGAGUGCUCCUGACCUCCAGUGAGACAUUCCUUUUGUGUUGCGAGAUGCCAGACUGAAUGAGACAACAUUGUUGGUUAGUAGUCGCCCCCAGCUGGCACAGCGGCCUUUGUGUGGUGGAGAAGGGCGUCUCCAGCCACGGUCAUGCUCUCAUCUGUAUGCUGUCAUCAUUUAAAACUGGAACCCAAGAGUGGCAUCCUUCCAUUUAACCUAAGCUGAUAGACAUGUGGGGUUAACUGUAGAAACCGGUCUACUGCUGCUGUAAAAAGAAGAGUUUAAAUAUGACUCCAUUACUCUGAGAAUAAAUAAUCUCCUCACACUGUUUUGUCUAAUAUCAAGUAACAGUGUCUUUAAAUAAUCUGGAUAGAGUCUGAUUUCAUAGAGGUUUGUGGAGUGAAGCAGUGUUUCAGCAUGGUCUGUAUAAACACGGUGGACUUGUUUGACAGUGGAGUCACAACAGGAAUGUCAGCAGGUCAGUCAAAGGCGACGUGUUUACUGCCAUUAUUUAUGUCACGUGAUGGUGACCUGCGCCGUGGUGUGUUGUACAGCUACUGUAUUGUGGUAUAAUGCUAAUCAUUGGUGGCCUGGGUGUGUCUGUGUUUGUGAGCAGGAGGCCCUCCCAACAUUCCUGUAUGCUCACCCAGAAUGAAGGAUACUACAGACCAGCACAAGCACAAAUAAAGGGUUCAGACAUGGAUGUUUGUUUAUUUUGCAUUUUAUAUUUUUAUGAGCAUUCUAAUUCUGUCAGACAUUUACAAGAACCAAUGUGUAAUGUCUUCUGAUGAACUGCAGGCGCCACAAAGCAAAACUGAAAAUGUUCAUUAAAGAUUCUAGAAAUAUCACA